GCCCCUGCCGCUCGGGGCAGACGAUGCUGAAGAUGCUCUCCUUUAAGCUGCUGCUUCUGGCCGUGGCUCUGGGCUUCUUUGAAGGAGAUGCUAAGUUUGGGGAAAGAAGUGAAGGGAGCGGAGCAAGGAGGAGAAGGUGCCUAAAUGGGAACCCCCCGAAGCGCCUGAAAAGGAGAGAUAGGCGGAUGAUGUCCCAGCUGGAGCUGCUGAGUGGGGGAGAGAUGCUGUGCGGUGGCUUCUACCCUCGGCUGUCCUGCUGCCUGCGGAGUGACAGCCCAGGGUUGGGGCGCCUGGAUAACAAGAUAUUUUCUGUUACCAACAACACAGAAUGUGGGAAGUUACUGGAGGAAAUCAAAUGUGCACUUUGCUCUCCACAUUCCCAGAGCCUGUUCCACUCACCAGAAAGAGAAGACUUGGAAAGAGACCUUGCACUUCCCCUGCUCUGCAAAGACUAUUGCAAGGAAUUCUUUUAUACUUGCCGAGGCCAUAUUCCAGGUGUCCUUCAAACUACUGCUGAAGAGUUUUGUUUUUACUAUGCAAGAAAAGAUGGUGGGUUGUGCUUUCCAGAUUUUCCAAGAAAACAAAUCAGAGGACCAGCAUCUAACUACUUGGACCAGAUGGAAGAAUAUGACAAAGUGGAAGAGAUCAGCAGAAAGCACAAACACAACUGCUUCUGUAUUCAGGAGGUUGUGAGUGGGCUGCGCCAGCCUGUCGGCGCCCUGCAUAGUGGGGAUGGCUCGCACCGUCUCUUCAUUCUGGAAAAAGAAGGUUACGUGAAGAUACUUACCCCUGAAGGAGAAAUUUUCAAGGAGCCUUAUUUGGACAUUCACAAACUUGUUCAAAGUGGAAUAAAGGGAGGAGAUGAAAGAGGUCUGCUAAGCCUUGCAUUCCAUCCCAAUUACAAGAAAAAUGGAAAGCUGUACGUGUCUUAUACCACCAACCAAGAACGAUGGGCUAUCGGGCCUCAUGACCACAUUCUUCGAGUUGUGGAAUACACAGUAUCGAGAAAAAAUCCCCACCAAGUUGAUUUGAGAACAGCCAGAGUAUUUCUUGAAGUCGCAGAACUCCACAGAAAGCAUCUCGGAGGGCAGCUGCUCUUUGGCCCUGACGGCUUUUUAUACGUCAUUCUCGGUGAUGGGAUGAUCACACUGGAUGAUAUGGAAGAAAUGGAUGGCUUAAGUGAUUUCACAGGGUCGGUGCUCCGGCUGGACGUGGACACGGAUAUGUGCAACGUGCCUUAUUCCAUACCAAGGAGCAACCCGCACUUCAACAGCACCAACCAGCCCCCAGAAGUAUUUGCACACGGCCUGCACGAUCCAGGCAGAUGUGCUGUGGAUCGCCAUCCCACUGAUAUAAACAUCAAUUUAACAAUACUUUGUUCAGACUCCAAUGGAAAGAACAGAUCAUCUGCCAGAAUCCUACAGAUAAUAAAGGGGAAAGAUUAUGAAAGUGAGCCAUCACUUUUGGAAUUCAAGCCAUUCAGUAAUGGUCCUUUGGUUGGUGGAUUUGUUUACCGGGGCUGCCAGUCGGAAAGACUGUACGGAAGCUAUGUGUUUGGAGACCGUAAUGGGAAUUUCUUAACCCUCCAGCAAAGUCCCGUGAGCAAGCAAUGGCAAGAAAAACCACUCUGUCUGGGCAACAGUGGUUCCUGUAGAGGUUACUUUUCAGGUCACAUAUUGGGAUUUGGAGAAGAUGAAUUAGGUGAAGUUUAUAUCCUAUCAAGUAGUAAAAGUAUGACCCAGACUCACAAUGGAAAACUCUACAAAAUCGUAGAUCCCAAAAGACCUCUAAUGCCUGAGGAAUGCAAAGCCACGGUACAACCUGCGCAGACACUGACUUCAGAGUGUUCCCGGCUCUGUCGGAACGGCUACUGUACCCCAACGGGCAAGUGCUGCUGCACCCCAGGAUGGGAAGGGGACUUCUGCAGAAUUGCAAAAUGUGAGCCAGCAUGUCGUCAUGGAGGUGUCUGUGUUAGACCAAACAAGUGCCUCUGUAAAAAAGGAUAUCUUGGUCCUCAGUGUGAACAAGUGGACAGAAACUUCCGCCGAGUGACCCGGGCAGGUAUUCUUGAUCAGAUCAUUGACAUGACAUCUUAUUUGCUGGAUCUAACAAGUUACAUUGUAUAGUUUCUGGGACUGUUUGAAUAUUCCUUUCCAAUGGGCAUUUAUUUUUUAUCCUGUCAUUAAAAAGAAAGACUGUUAUCCUGCUACACACUUCCUGUGAUUUCAUUUUCUUUUAUUAAUUUAAAAAUAAUUUUCCAGAAAUGGGCAGAUCCUGUGUGUGUACGUUGGCACGUUUGUUCACCUAGGCGCACACACACACAC